AUGUCUGAAGUGAUGGCUGGCACGCAGAAGCCUCUGGUCAUCGCAUCUGGAACUCUGAUAGCACGCCAUCCUACCAUGGCCAGCGAAGACACGCCGUACACCCGAGACAUGUUAGCCAUGUCCGAGCGUGCCACUUCUUCUGACCUACUCUUCAAACUGAGCAAGGAAAAGGCGAUCCGCGGAAUGGUCAUUCGCGUACCUCCGAUACACGGCAUCGGAGAUACCGGAAUGCUGGCUGGCAUUGUCAACGCCGUGCGGUCUUCUGGCAAGGCACUUUACGUUGGCAGUGGACAGGCGCGUUGGCCAUCCGCACACCGCGACGAUGUGGCAGUGUUAGCCCGCCUCGUUCUAGAAUCCGGAAAAGCUGGAUCUACUUAUAAUGCCGUUUCCGAGUCAGGCGUGGCGUGGGUAAACAUUAUGGCUGUGAUUGGCAAAGGACUGGGCUUGUCGCCGAUGAGCGGAAGCCCAUUAGAGGUUAAGGAGGCUCUGGGUUUCUUUGCUGAUGUGAUGUCGCUCGAUAAUCCAACGUCUGCGGCAAUGACUAUGAAGGAGCUCGGCUGGGUACCUACUGGGCCGGAAUUACUUGACGACUUAAGAGCAAACUACUUUUGA